AUGAGUGGAAAUAAGAAGAUGGAUGCAUUGAUAAGCAUGAAAGCAGAAAUCUAAGCAUAAAAAGAAGGAUAAGAAAAAAUAUAAAAAUUAUGUUUUGAAAAUAUCAACAUAGGAUAAUUUACAAAUGAAACAUUAAAAUUAUUGUCAAAAUAUAAUGAUUUAAGUAAAAAUGAUGAAUAAAGAAAGUAUGUUUGGAAUUCAAUGAUUGCAAAUUGUCAUCUUUGGAUAAUUUGAUAGGAUUCCCAAAUCUAACAAAAUUACGAUUAUGCAAUAAUUAUUUGGAUAAGAAUAGUCUCCAACAUAUUAUAUAGCAUUUUCCAAAAGUGACAUACUUAGAUAUAAGAGGAAAUAAAAAAAUAAGCUAAGAUGUAUNAAA